AAGCCUGCCAGCUCUUGAUAAAGGCCUUUAUCGAGUUUCAUAGGAGCCCAGGCACAGAGGCCCUCUCACUCACUUCUGUGCCCAGGGGGGUGGCGGGAAGAUGCCCUGCGAUGUGAAGGCGAAGGGCAAGGCAAGAGGACCUCCGCGCCUGUAGCAAUGACUACUGAGCCAGCUUUGACUGACACCCAGUGCGCCAGCUCUCGGCUCGGAAACCCUUUAGAAUUUCAGCGCGACUAACGACUCCUGGAAGACUGCUGUGACCCCUCCCGGGGUGGUGUUUCCACGUGCACACCCUUAUACUUGGGAGGCCACCUUGGUUUGAGGCAGGGGUCUUUGAGGCCAUGUACUUUUCCCCCAACUGUCUCUUUCCUUUCUUGCCGAAGAAGGAGAAAAAUCUACCAAGGUCAGGUUGCCUGGCGAUUAGCUAUCAGCCCAGACCCCUAGGCUGCAAGUAAGAGGGAGGGGCGCCGGGACCCUCGAAGCUGGAACACGUCUCUGCAGUGGGGGCUUGACAGACAGUGACGUCACGUUUCCUGGAAUGUUCAAUGAAAAGACAGGUAUUUACAGAUGCUUCCAGCUCAAGAAAGGCAGAUCCCAAAGGUCGGAGCGCACUGCUGGCUGACAUCCAGCAAGGAGCUCGCCUGCGGAAAGUCACGCAGGUCAAUGACCGCAGUGCUCCGCAAAUCGAGAGUUCUAAAGGAACCAACAGAGAAGGAGGAGGUUCCGCAAACUCUCGAGGAGGGAGCACACCCCCCGCCCUGGGAGACCUGUUUGCUGGUGGCUUUCCUGUGCUGCGAACAGCAGGCCAGAGGGACGCAGCAGGUGGCAAGACAGGGCAGGCCCCUGGCUCCCGAGCGCCUUCUCCAAGGCUUCCCACCAAAACAAUCAGCUGGCCGCUUAACUCCCCAGCAUCCCCCAGGCUAGGCCAGGCCGAGGCCCAUGGCGCUGCCAGGACAGCCCCUCCUCGCCCCAACGUGCCUGCCCCGCCCCCUCCCUCCCUGCCCCCGCCUCCCCCGCCCUUACCCCCGCCCCUGCCCCCGUCUUCCCCCACCAAAGCUCCGUUGGUAUCCCCAUCUGGCUCACAGACCAAAGGGAAUGCCCUGGUAACUGCACCCCCUCUGUCCUCCCCACCUCCCCCUCCGCCUCCGCCACCUCCCCCAACACCCCCCCCACUUCCCCAGACCUCCAUGCUCAGUGACAAGGCAGUGAAGCCUCAGCUAGCCCCCUUGCACUUGUCACCUGUCCCACCCCCGCUCCCUCUCCUUCCGCCUUGUGGGUACCCUGGGCUCCAUGCAGAUGCUGUGAGCCCCACCCAAGAUGCUCAGGAGCCCCCCGCCCCGCCGCCCCCACCGCCACCACUCCCCAUUUACACCUCAUGCACCCCGAGGUCCUUGGUGCCUGCGCCCCCUAUGCCAGGCGCUAACAGCAGUGAAGCCCCACCCCCACCCCCACUGCCCCCCAAGUCCCCCAGCUUCCAGAUGCAGCCACCAAAGCCCAGCGUGCAGGCCUUGCCGGCUCCACCCGCCCCUCCAGGGCCUCAGCCCUUCCUGCAGAAGAAGAGGCCGGGCCGAGGCCCAGGGACCAGUGGGGGGAAGCUAAAUCCACCCCCGGCACCUCCUGCGAGAUCACCCACCACGGAGCUCUCAAGCAGGAGCCAGCAGGUCCCAGGCUGGACCCCGACCCAGCAGCCCGGAGGUCAGCUGCGGAAUGGAAGCCUGAACGUCGUCGAUGACUUCGAGUCUAAAUUCACGUUCCAUUCUGUGGAAGACUUUCCUCCUCCGGAUGAAUAUAAACCAUGCCAGAAGAUUUACCCCAGCAAGAUCCCCAGAAGCCGUACACCUGGUCCCUGGCUCCACGCCGAGGCUGCAGGGCAGAGCUCCGAUGACAUCAAAGGCAGAAACUCUCAGUUACCUCUAAAGACACUCCGGUGAGAAGACGGAGGAUGCCAACGUCCCGUGAGCACCUGGGGUUCCCUAUCGCGGGUUGGGCAUCCCCAAGAGGACGUGUCUGACCUCACCUACUCAAGUUAUAAUGCAGUUGACAUACAGGCUCUGAAUGGAGCAUUUAUUUAUUGUAAAUACGUGGUUUGCACAGGCUUUAAAUCAGUAUCGUAGUCGACUUUUAUUUUUAAAAAGCCCACACUCAC